GGCUGAAUGGGCAAUGAACGUGGCCGGCAAGCACCAACCUGAUAUUAUUGAGCGACCAGCUAGUCUUUUAGUACCAACAUGGACAAAAUCCGGCCUUGCCCUGGUGUAUGACGAAGAUAGCGGCAAUACCUACGAUAUCCGCCUCAAGCUGUCUAAGGAACUGCUAACUGUACAGAAACAGGAUGUGGUGCUUGUGCACGGAGGAGACCCCCACUUAAAUCACAGAACUGUUGUACUUCGAAGACAGACGGCUGGAGGUCUCGGACUGAGCAUCAAAGGGGGAGCAGAACACAAAGUGCCUGUGGUCAUUUCAAAGAUUUUUAAAGAUCAAGUAGCGGAUCAGACAGGGAUGCUGUUUAUCGGUGACGCCAUGUUACAGGUCAAUGGCAUCAAUGUUGAAAAAUGCACUCACGAGGAAGUUGUCCAUCUUCUGCGAACGGCGGGAGACGAAGUCACGCUCACUGUUCGGUACCUGAGGGAGGCUCCGGCUUUCUUAAAGCUGCCAUUAGGCUCUCCGGGACCCUCCAGUGAUGACAGUAGUCGAGCAUCCUCUCCUCUCUUUGACAGUGGUUUACAUUUAAAUGGGAAUUCAAGCAACACGGCGCCCUCCUCGCCCUCCUCGCCCUCGGCUAAUGAACCAAAGUAUGAGAAGCGCUGGGUGGACGCCGUCUCCCUGCCCUUGGCCAUGGCCCGGGUCUCCAGACACAAGGCCCCCAGCCACAAAUUCAGGCCGAACAGUUUUGAAGUUGUUGCCUUAGACGGGUCCUGCACCAAUGUUCUGCAGUUUAGCACGGCAGCCGAGAGCACAGACUGGCUUCAAGCAAUAUCAACCAACAUUAACGACUUGACACAAGAAAAUAUAAAAAUGACCAACCAGGGCUUAUCGCCUGAUGAUCAGGUCAUUCAUAUGGGUUGGGUAUGCGAGCACCUUCAAUCAAGUGAUGCCAACCAGCCAUACCGCCACAAGUUUAUGGCCCUCAAGGGAUCCUGCCUUCACAUCCUCAGGGGGCCGCCGGUCAUGAUGUCGGACUGGGCUGAGGCGGAGGCGACCUUUAACCUCUGUGAGGUUUUAUUUAAAGUCCACAAGCUGUGGAUAGCGGAGGACUGCUGGAUCCAGGCCAAGCUCUACCUGGGCCUACAGCAGGCAUGUGAGCCGAGGGACGGCGAGGCGUUUUGCUUCAGCGUGCUGGUGGGCCACGGGCAGAGCCACUCCUUCAGCGUGGAGCUGGGUGCCGACCUGGGACUCUGGGAGAAGGCCUUCCAGCGGGCCGUGUUCGCAGAGGUGCACAGAGUCGGGUCGAAGACCUACAUGUGCAGCAGUCAUGGCAAAAUCCUGUGUUUUACCAUCGACUUUGAUGCUGGCUUCUGUUGCUCGGAGAGCCUAUCACAGAAAAUCCUUUGGAGGUACAAGUUCUCCCAGCUAAAAGGUUCCUCUGAUGAUGGCAAGACAAGAGUGAAACUCCUGUUCCAAAACUCGGAAAACAAACAAAUUGAAAUGAAGGAGUUGGAAUUUGCCAACCUGACGGCUGUGCUCCACUGCAUACAUUCCUUCAUCGCCGCUAAAGUGGCCUCUGUGGACCCCGUCUUCGUCAACAGCCAGACGCUGGGCACCGCCAGCAGGAAGUACGUGGGAAAUAGCUAG